AGAAGGCAUGGUCUCGUGCACUACAUAGAGCACUCGUACAAGGAUCAAGGAGAUAUUUUGGGACGUGACCGCUUUCUCUGUGCAGGGGAAACAAUGAGAGGCGACGGUGCUCCGAUUCCGGCCAUUUGAAUGGGCUGAGCUUGAGGUUAGGAUCAGAUGCGUGUGUAGAAAGUUUGAUAGCAAUAAUUGUUACCAUCAUAACGAUACUAAUUCAUUACAACAUGAGUACAGUAGUCAGUGCCAUAUGAAGCUCUGUGUCUCAUCGGGGUGUGUUUGCAACAAAACCGUCCAAGUUCAACUUUUGUGAAGCGGACCUGUCUGGACUAGUUGGAAUCUGCAUGGACUAACAUGAAAAGCCUUAAAGCAAAGUUCAGGAAGACUGAUUCCAACGAGUGGAGCAAAAAUGAUGAGCGUCUCCUGAGUGCAGUGGAGCAUGGGGAGACGGAGAAGGUCAGCUCGCUCCUGGCCAAGAAAGGAGCCAGUGCAACCAAAAUGGAUGGCGAGGGCAAGUCAGCUCUGCACGUUGCAGCAACUCGGGGUCAGACAGAGUGUCUCGCCAUCAUCUUGUCCCAUGGAGCUGAUGUGUCUGUAGUCGACUCUUCAGGUUUUAGUGCUUUACACCUUGCUGCCAAAAACAACCAUCAGGAAUGUGCCAAAAAACUCCUACAGAGUAAAUGUCUUGUAGAUGCUCUGGAUAGCGGUGGGAGGACUGCUCUUCAUCACGCAGCUGCCAAUGGGAACAUUGUGAUUGUUCAACUCCUGUGUGAACACAAGUGUCCAGUGAAUUUAAAAGAUACGGACGGAUUGACGCCCUUGCUGCUGUCAGCGAGACAUAACCAUGCAGAGGUCUGUGGCAUUCUGCUGGACUGGGGAGCCAACAUAAACACCUGCGAUAGGAACGGCAGGUGCGCGGUAAUGCUGGCCGGAGAGAGCAGCUGCGUGGCGGUUGUGGAUCUGCUUGUGCACAGGGGAGCCGACCUAUGCCUGCUCGAUUCACUAGGACAUGACGUAUUGCACUACGCCAAGCUUUCGGGAAGCACCGAGAUCCAAGCCAUCAUCACCACCGCCCUGACGCAUCCUCCGUCCGAGUCAGAUAAGAAUUCACCCAGAAGCCAGCAGCAUGAGCACACGGCUAAGCUAAACAACGAGAGGAGCACAACCCCAAAAAAACGAAAAGCACCCCCCCCUCCUCCUAUUAGCCCUGGGCAGUUGCUGGAUGUCGUGUCCUCACCGUAUUUCACCCCAAAUGAAACACCAGUGUCAAGUAAAGGGGUCAAGAGGUUCAAUUAUAAGGAGGAGGAGCUGAGGAGUGUGUCACUGUUGAGAGAGGAGAUCGAAAAGCUCCAGGAAGAGAAGAGCAUUCUGCUGGAGACCAUUGAAGAUCUGAAGCAGAUUAUGGAGCAGACUGAGCCCAAGACUGAGUGCUGUGGAAACUCAACGUUGCUUACAGCCCUUCAAUCCAAGGUGGCUUCACUCUCACUGGAGAACCAGCAGCUUGCUCAGAUCAUCAAGAAGCGUCCUACUCCUCAAGGUGAAGAAGGCCAGGAGGAUUCGCGGCCAAACAGUAUCGACUCCAACACAUCAUACCACUCGACCCAUGCUGAAUUCGAGAUCUCCAGUGAGCAAGACCUCUUAGAAGUUUCAACUUUUAAGCACGAAGAUGUGAGCAAGCCUACAAAGGCGGCGUAUGCGGAAGAAAUCCCUCUGCUUAGGGAAGCGCUGCAGAGCCUGCAAGUUAAACUGGACGAGUCGAGGCUGGAGAACCACACCCUACAGGCCAGACUGGAGAUCGACUCUCACACAGGGGUAAGAGGAAACGAAGGCCUGUCAGAAAGCACGGCCGACCUCAAGGCCAAGCUGGUGGACCUGCAGAUAAAGUACCAGGAAUUGGUGAUGGAGCUGGAAACCCUCCGGAAGGAAAGGGCAAGAGUGAUGCCUGCAGAAUCUCCCAGCCAGGAUGAUCAAGUAGUACAAAAGUUUCAGUAUUUGAAAAGCUGCCUUGAGCAGGAGGUUAAAGAUCUGAAGACAAAGCUGGCCAAGUUGCAGGAAGAGAAGUUGCAGGACGCUCAGUUGAUAAAAGAAUUGGAAGCUCGGCUUGCGAGCGAGAGUCUUCAGGUUAUAGAGGAUGAGCGUCAGGAACUGAAAAACUCCUACAACAUCCUGGUGGAGAAUAUCAACCAGGAGAAGGCUUUGUUGAUUGAGAAGUAUGAGGAGGCGCAGGACGAGAUCAAGAUGCUUCAGGAAGCCCUGCGUGGCACUGUGUCCGUUGAGGCCGCUGCUAAAGACUUUGACGAGAUGAAGGCGGAGAUGGGCGGGGUUAUCGAAGGUCUCCAGAAACGGCUGAUGGAGCUUUCGAAAUCCUAUAGUGAGACAAAAAACGAACUUUCAGAAGCCCGAAGCCAGCUCCAAAGCAAAGCCCUGGAGACCAAGCAGCUAUCACAGACCGUGUGUGAGACUAAAGAGAAGCAUGAGGACAAAUUGCAAGAGCUGACACUUAAGAUUAAGGACGUGCAGAAUUUGUUGAAAGACACUGAAGUCAAGUAUCAUUCAGCGCUGAAAGAGAUUUCACAACUCAAACAGGAUGCAGAAAUUCAGGCCAAGUCUACAGUGAGCAUUGCAGACCACACUCAAGUCGUGGCCUCGUUAGGAAACGCCAUCAAGACCUUAGAAUCCGAGGUGGACGUCCUUAAACAGCAGCUCACGAAGAAGAGCACACAGCUGGAUGCCUUACAAAACAGACCUACUGUGGAGAAGGUCACGACUCCAGAUGACUGUGUUUCCAAAAUGGAACAUGAGCAGAUGAGAGAGUCACUGGAGCGCAAGAUCAAUCAGCUGACCCAGCUUCUCCAGGAUGCUCUGAGGAAACAGGAUGAGAUGGCACUAGAGGUGACCGCCGCCUGGCAUGAGGUGAAAGAUGACAAGAACGAGAAGGAGGCAGCAAAGAAGCUCGCUGUUGCGAGAGAACAGGAGAACAAUGUGCUGAGUGUGAAGUGCAGAGAGGCCCAGGAAGCCAUCACGCACCUUAAAAAACAGGUGGAAAAUCAUGUGAACUCUGAAAGAGAAAAGAAUAAAAAGAUCGAUGAUCUGUCAAAAGAGGUGGGGAAGUUGAAGGAGGCCCUGAACAGCUUGUCCCAACUCUCGUACACAACAAGUAGUCCGAAAAGCAGACAGCAGAACCAGCAGGUUGAUUCUCUCCAGCAGCAGAUCAAACAGCUGCAGUACCAACUGGCUGAGUCGAAAAAGAGGCACCAUGAAAUUGUUUCUGUCUACAGAAUGCAUCUCCUCUAUGCUGUUCAGGGUCAGAUGGAUGAAGAUGUACAAAAGGCUCUGAAACAAAUUCUGGUGAUGUGUAAAAUACCAUCAGAAGAAAAAUGACGUUGCUAAUGUGUUCAAGAGUCUGACUAAAUAAUAGUGAUAUAAGGAUACUUGCACAUGUAUUGAGAAUAUGUCUGGAUUAAAUGGAGCCUUCAGUCCUUCUUACAUCUCUGGGGGAAAAAUGAAGUAUGAUGUGUUACAUAAUUUUUUUUCCACAUUUUUUUUUUUUUUUUUGUAUUAGCAAGCACUUGCUUUUGACCGUAUCAGACAAUCAAAUAAAGAAUGAAGCGGUGAUAUUACACUCAUUAAUACAUAGUAUACAUGUUAUCUUGUAAUCGAAUGAACAGUAUAUGAAAAAAAUUAUUAAAUAUUUGUGUGCAUUAAUACAUUAUGAAUCCGAGAAUAUCAGCAAAGUAUCAGCAAAGAUUUGUUACUUCAGUCUGCAUAUUUGUGGUGUUUGAAAUACAGCAGAGAACUGAAUUGUGAACAGGGCGGAGCUUAGGUUAUAUUAAUCAGCCAAUGAUAUUAAUGUUUUUCCUUUUCACUCAUAUACCUCAAUGUUCACAAAGUACUGUUUCUUCACACAAUAUAAUUCUAGCAGCUUUAGCUAAACUAGCAAGCUACUAAAGUGUAGCACAUCACUGUUAGCCAGCUAUUUGAUUAAUCUAACAUCAGACUAGCAGGCUAAGAACUUAGAAAUAAUAAAUAGCAACAUUUGGUAAAGUUAGCUAAACUAUUGUGGCGAUGUGUUAUUGGCUGAUUAGAUUUGAUCUAAGCUUCACCCCUGGUUGUUUGUCUCUUGGCAAAACCAGCAUGAGCAUGUGCUAGAAACUUGGCACUGUAGCUGUUUGUCCUUGAUUCAAAAUAAUGCAAAUUUGCUCAUAAUGAAGUUAUGAAUUAUUCAUUAUCUAACAAAGUGUGUAAAUGGCCUGAUAAAUUUCUAGAGUGACAGACAGACAGACAGCUUCUCAUGAAGCAAAACUGUGUCUGUGUGCAAGUCAUUUUAUUUUUCUCAUAUUGAGUAGAGGGCUAGUGUCAGAGCUAACAUCUCAGAAGCUAUCCAUCUGGUGCAAAGUAAAAAAAAAAAAAGUGAAAGAAGAAAGAAAAAGUGGCUUGAUGGUGAGGGAGAAACAAAAAACUACGUUUCCAUCUGAGAAAUCGUCUGAACUGUGUUCAGAAACUUUCAUCUGAAACAGAGAAUGGACACUACCAUUAACUUGCUAGUCACCAGUGCUGCUUAUUUUAUUAGAACUAGGAAUACUUUUCCUGUUAUUAUUUAUUUUAUUCAUUUAAUAUCAUCUCCUGGUACUCAGAAAUCAGCAGAACCUACCCAGCUGUUCAGAAAUGUUCAUGAUACCUAUUUGCUUACAGUAGCUAUAUAAAUAAUGAGCUAACAGCUAAAGAAGUAAUAGGAGCUAAACUGAUAUGUUUCGAAAGAUUCGUAACUUUUCAUCAUCACAGCUAGCUAAUUUGACAGGAUUUCUGCCAAAGUAAUUAAGGAUAAAUAAGUUACUUUUCAUUAUUUUCACUUCAAAAAAUAAGCGUUUACCAAACAUCAGCUAACCUGACGGGAUUUUUAAGUCACGUUGAUAAAUGUACAUAAUAUUCAAUGUUAGCGUUAGCCAGUUAACAAACCUUUUAAGUUUUAUUCAUUAAUAUUCAUAAUCAUCAAUGCUAACAAUAGCUACAUAACUAACAGCAGCUACUCUGGCAGUUAUUUUUAAAUAAUAUCUGUAUAAAUGUCUGUAAUCUUCACUUCUAAUGUAGCAUGACAGUAUUAAUAAAAACACAAACAUUGAGAGCAAGCAAAUUUACACUAAAAUAUCUAAUUACACUACACACUGGACAUAAUGCAUAUGAAUGACACUUAGUAGUUACUCAGCAAAGAAAUUAGGCAUUUAUUUGCUUAAUAUAGCUAGCUAAUGGACAAAAUCUGAUUUAUAGGUUUAGCUACCCUUAAGCUAGCUAUAUUUAUCAAGUUCAUUCUUGUCAGGUCUGUCCUAAGAGCACUAAAGGCUCCUUCUGACACUUUCUCUUAGCUGUGUGGAGUUGAAUAAAUUGUCUGGAAUUGUUGUGGUCCAUUUUCUAUACCCAGUGAUUUCAAUUUGAGAAUUUGAGACAUGACACACUAUCAAUAUGACCUGCUAGCAACACAAAUAGGAUUAUGGUAGCUAGAUAAUUGUAGGGUGUUGUCCUUGCUAGCUAGUAAACAUCACAGUAUGUUACCAGGUUAGUAACCAUCACAGAUAUUCAGUAGCAUUUUCUGCAGUGUAUCUAGUUAAAUAUCAAGCUGAUUAGCAAGUGCUGUGAGGUUUACUAGUGGCAGACUGUGAUAAAGGUAGGGAUGUGGAAAUGGUAUGUACAGGAAGAUAAGAUUUAUAUUGGUGCUAGCAGAUGGAUGCUUAUGACAGAAUGUUGCUUAGUGCUGUAGGAGGCUUUAGCACCAGUGUAGCUUUGACAGAAAUGCCUAUGGAACAAACACAGCAAUUUCCCUCUCCAGUCCUGAUUUCAAUGCCAGCUGGAGUCCCUGCUAACCAGGACAUAAAAUCUCUGUGUCCAUGUGCCUGUGCUAAUUUGUACGGCCUGUUAGGAAGUGCUGUUUGUCUUGUCACGUUUAUUUAAACCAGACUGAACAGUGGAUGUGCAUGUGUCUCUGCAGUAUUUUGAAGUACACACUAGCUGCAUGUCAGUUAAUUGGUAUAGACGAUUUUUUCAGUAUUAAGUUUUAAUAUUGUAACUUUUUUUUUAUUCGUAUAGAUAUGUAAACCUGCAUCACAGGGUCAAUAAUGACACUGGGGCAAGUGCUUUUCAAACAUUCAGCACACGGUAGCUUUUUUGUUUUCUACAGCUCCCAGCGCUCAGAAGGUUGAGAGUUCAAAUCCAGGACCAAGCAGAACCCAAUAUCAAUCUGGUGCCAUUUGACAGUAAAGCUAACAAAUAUUAACAUUACAAAAUUUACACAAGCUACUUUAGCUAACAUAGAAGAUUAUAUUACACUUUCGAACACUUUCGCCACAUUGACUGAGUCUAGCAUCUAUAUUAGCAGUGACUAAACUGGGUGCAGCCAUCCUCCACUUAAAUAUUAACAGUAGGUAGUAUUAUUAAGGCAAUAUGAGUAGAAGUUUACUUAGUUAAGUAACAUCAUAAUUAAAAUAAUGGUCUUUAAAGAGAGACUAGGAGAUUAAUGUAUGAAUUUGUAGUUAUAAUUAUUGAUGAGAAAUAUACAAAGGUAAUCCUUAUUAAUUUAGUAAAUGUUAUCACAGACAUGAUGCUAUUAUAUAAACAUUAAACACGUGCAGUAAAAACUUUUAAUAUUUAAUAUUUUAUGAGGAUAACCGUUCUGUCCUAUAUAGUGUUGUUAAUGCUUUGUAGCUAGUCCCAAAAGACAGUGUGAAAGAGGACAAUCCAAGCAGUCCUGGGAUUUAAACUCGCAACCUUCUUGUUACUAGCACAAAAGCACAACUGUCCCGAUUGGUCUUAAAGGUUGCUGUCUUUUUUUUUUUUCUGGCUCUCUAGUCUGCAGUCCUGUCCUGCAUACAUUACUGCUUCUUUUCCUGCUCCACACACACACCAACUCCAUUCUAACUCCAGGGUGUGUUUACUAUCUGAUGAGUCAGAUCAGGUGUGUGAAAACAGAAAAAACACCAAAUUAUCCCAGGCAAGAGGUUUGGAGGACUUCAAAUUCUGUUCUAUCUCAUUAUUCCUCCAUGAUUGGCAGUGUAUUUUGUGUGUUUGUGUUUUUGCUUUUUUUUUCAGCUUUUGUAAUAUGUAAUAUGUUUUUGAAGUUGUUCUGGCAUGUGUUUCUACUAGUUAAUAAAACUGCUAUGAAUUUGU